UUACAACGACAACCAUUGGUACUACAUCUGAAACGAGAACUACAUUGCAGCCAACGAUCCCAUCAACCACUGGUGCAGCGACUUUAACAACGUCAGUAGCACCUAUUAGUGGUACUACUAUUGUACCAACUAGUGUUCAAACAACCACAAUCUGUCAGAAAGACAUGGCUGAAGUUGGCGGUGUAUACGUAUCAUCUGUCAAUUAUUCAAUAGAACCUGUUUUUGGAACAGAUAAUGUUGAUUUGACUCGUUCAACAGGUAAUGGUAUUAAUUUCAAAUCAGGACCAGACGCACUUCCACUUUUGGAUGAACAAAAUAAUCAACAACCACUUUACUAUAUCACCAUGAAUUUCAAUCCACCAGGUGUCGAUUCACUUAGUAUUAUCAAGCUCAAUUCAGACACUAAUGUCAAGCAAUUUCGUGUUGACUUUUUUGUUUCAUCUACUUCAAAUCAACCAUUCGUGUUUCCACCUGAUACUUCAUUUUCAUCUAUUUCAACAACCAAAACUAGUUCUUCUCCAGCAUCGAUUGGCGAUUUUACAGCAGACGUACCAUCACCAUUGACUAAUAUUCGCAUCACUAUUCUGUCUACGACAAACAACGAACCACCGCAAAACUUGAAGAUAUUUGUUCAAGGUUGCUUCUAUCCACCAAUACUAGAAAUAGGAACGCCUGGAUGGGCACCAACGGCAACUACUCCAACAGGUACCUCAAUAUCUACUGGAACACCAUCAUCAACAACCACUGUAUUGCCACCAACAACAACUACAAUGAAUUAUUGUACAGAAGAAAAAGGUAUGAAUCAACCAUUGGAUAUUCAACCAAAUCAAGUGAAAUCAUAUCCAUUACCUGAACAACCAACAUCUGGUGAUAUCAAUCCAACGUCAACAACACCGGGCUUUAAUUAUCCAACAAUAAAUCCACAAAUC